AUGAACAAUCAAAUACAGCAGUCACCAGAAAUAUCUAUAAACGAAAAUAGGUCCGUAAACACGUCUCGCUCAUACGCAUCCAAGCAAGGAGAAUUCAAGACAUGGUGCGAAGGAAGAUUCACUGACGAUGCAAGCUAUCUCGUCAGUGGCGAAAAACUUCUUAUGUUUCUAUCCGAAGCCGUUGUAGACCGUCAGAGUCGUCGUGGUAGAAAGGCAGUCGGAUUGGAUCGUAAAAUCAAGACGUCCACUAUGGAACUCUACGUUGCAGCAAUCACCGAUCUUUACCAAAAACAAGUUCGGCAGGGCAUAAACUCUCAUUCACACCCUCGGAUCCCAGCCAUAAAGCAACUCUUGCGUAAUAUGCGCCGCGAAGACCAACGAAAACGAAGAGAGAAUCUAACCGAAAAAUCCCAUUCACCUACACUAUCAAGCCAGUCUUUUGCUGAUACACCACAGCCAGACCAGAACCAGGUAGUGCAGGAUGACGAGCCUAUUCAGGAGACAAAUGAAAUGUUGAGAAAGGUAGUGCCUGAAUUGAAAGAAGAAAUCAGGUCCCUCAAGAACACCCUGUCGUUGACUAUCAGUAAAAUGGACAGUCUGUUGUCCCACUUCUCGGCCAUAACAUCCGGUGCAGCAACUCUUAAUCUCCAGAUGUCCUGGCCUAACCAGACAGGCUUUAAUUCGACAAACUCAUCAGUCGCUCCUGCACAAGCACAAACCCCUCUAUUCGCAUUCAACCAACAAACCCAAUCUCAUCUCGAACCGCGAGACACACAAAAAACAGUCUCGUUAGGGGCACACAGAAUACAGUCGCGGCACCAAUCGCGACCAGAAUCCGAUCUCGAGUUAGGCUCAGAGUCAGAAGCAGACAUCUACACAUACUGGCCGACCCAAAUACCAUUAUCGGGAUAUCCCGGAGAAGAUCCCCACGUAUACCGAAUGAACCGUGAUAUAUCAACAGUAACAGAUCUCUGGAGAGAAUGGAGCGAAGGCUUAGAAAACGGACCAUCAGUAGCAUGCCUGGAAGACAAAUGCGGAACUUUAUGGCGCAAAACAACUUCAGAAUCAAAAUUCUUUGGAAAACGAAAGAUCAUUAUCGAUAGCAUCAUUGAUUAUUCUGAGGCUCAUGGUAUAUCGGGAUCAAAUGCAGCAGAAAUAGCAGAAGAACGUAGACGUAUUAAAGACAAAUCAUUAGAUUGGCUGUCAAGGAAUAGAGAAAGUAUAUUUUAA